AUGUCCACAGUUUCUACCACUAUGGGAGCUACUGAGCAGCUUUCAAAUCAUCCUGAGAUGCCAGUAACUUCAACUCUCGAUGCACCAUUUGAAUUUCAACCUCGAGACAAUCACAUUCGCAUCACGACACCUCCCCCUCCCUUACCUGACUCUGAUCCUUCCUUCAGCUCUCUUGUAGUACCAAGCGGUGGUAAACAUGACCAGAAGCGCUACAGUGAUCGCAAGAGGUGUCAAUAUACCCCGUAUCCCAAUGGCUUCAAAUCAUUUUCAUCACCCAUUUGUUCACCUCCACCAUAUUUGCCCGAAUGCCACCACUUAUCUAGGAACAAGAUGUACGAGUACAAGUGUAAUUUAACUGAACUAGGAGAUAUGCCUGACUCUGCAGUGUGUGAGGCAUAUCAUGCACAGAGGGCAGGACAAGAGAAACUCCGCUGCCAGGUGCAAUUAUAUGCAUGGGGGGUCGUAGAAUCUUCAAGAACUGCAAAUGUUUAUAGGGAGCUAUUGAAUUCCAGCACAGAGGCUCUCACUCAAAGAGAUUCCGAUGUAGAGGGCAUGGAGGAAUACAUGCACCAGAAGGGAAUUGUUGUGGAUGAGGGUGACCUGAUGAAUUUGGAGUCCCUCGGCUUUCAACCUUUGGUUGAUGAAGGUUUCUGCAAUGGCGACAAACAUGACUUAAAGGAGAAUGUUGAUGAAUUUACCGCAGCUGAGAUUGGGGAAUUUGACACAGAGGGGAAUGCUGAAUACACCUCAGACGGGAUUACAGAAUCCGACACAGAGGAAAACACCACUUUAGCCCUUUGGCUCACGCCUCAUGCAAUGUCAUCUGAUAAUGAAAGCGCCAAUGAGAUGGUUUCUCAUUCCCGUGAUUCUCCCAAUUCUCCUCCUCAUUCAAUGACAGCUUUUGAGGACGAGGACCAAAACAGUGACAGUGAAGAGGAGAGCGUCAAGGGUGUGGAAUUGGCAGAAUAA